AUGUGACAAAGAAACCUGAAUCACUCUCAUCAUCAGCUAGCUAUAUGCCAGCUCCCAGCAUCCUAUACCAUUGUCCAUGCCUUUCAACAUCACCAGUGCCUCCCCCUCCUCAUCUUCCUUCCUCAUCUUAUAGUUUCCACCCUCUACAUACCCUCUUCUUUUGUGAAGAGUGUGAUGCGGUCCGCUGUAAUCGUUGUGUUUCAGUGGAAGUCAGUGGUUAUUAUUGCCCAAACUGCUUAUUCGAAGUGCCCAGUGCGAGCGUCAGAGCGGAGAAGAAUAGAUGUGCUCGGAAUUGCUUCAUGUGCCCGAAUUGCAGAAACACAUUAUCCGUCGUUCCUUCUGACCCGCCGGAUCCCGGAGAUGGCAGGCUGAUGGUUCCAAUAAGUGCAGUUGGAGAGCCGCCUUUCUUACUCUAUUGUAACUAUUGUCGAUGGGAUUCUUCUGAAGUAGGCAUGACUUUCGAGAAACCCACUGGUCUGGCUGCUCAGCUCCAGAAGUUUGAAGACUCUGCCCUAGAUUCUUUGGAAUUUGACCGUUUGAAGGAACAUUUUGAACCCAUCAUACGUGCAUCAUCACUUUCUUCUUCUACCCUUCCGACUCAAGCAGCUCACUCACCGCACACGAAUCCUAUCACAGCAGCUGCGACCGCCGCUCUUGCGCGAGAUAUACCUGGCGUUGCGAAAUAUACUCCUCUAACACGAAGUCAACGAGGUCAUAAAGACAAAUCAGCCAACAAGGACGAGAUGCCGCAGUACAAGAGCAGAGUGGAUAUCACUACGGCUAGUAAACAUGGCACCGGUGGUGGGGAGUUGGAUGUAGAGAUGAUGAAACGAUUGGAAGAUGUGUCUGAGAUAGCGCGUCUGGAGCAGAGAUGGAGUUUGAGCUGGACAACGUCAAUCGAAACUAGAGAUCUGAAGCCCCUUCGAAUACCCUUACAUUCCAAGCGAUCCAAACGGUGUCCAGCUUGCACACACAUCUUGAUCAAACCAGAACAAAAAGCUCAAUCUGUUCGAUUCAAGAUCAAACUCGCCGCUGCCAGCUAUCUUCCUGCGAUCGUGGUGGCUCUCCCUCAUAGACAACAGGCAUUGGCGGUAGAGUCUGCGAAGCGUUCCAUGGUAAAGUCUACAACGGCACCACCGGACGAGGAUCGUGAAGGAAAAUGCGAGUUGCAAGCUGGAAAAACUUAUCCGUUCAAUCUUGCCUUGUCAAAUCCUCUAUACGACCCAAUACAAGUCAGAUUAUCGGUACAGAGAAUGCACGUAUCUCAUUCUGAGGGUGCUCCAGAUAAAGCGCGUCGACCACCCUUUGCCAUUUCCCUUCCCACGUCACCUUUUACUAUCUCCGCUUUUGCCGAAGCUUGGGAGUAUGAAGAGGACGACGAAAUGUUUGGGCUUGAUGACGACGAGGUGUUGGAGGCUCGACUGAGGGGUGAGAAGGAAAUCAAAACCAAACCAAAAUCUGUUGGGGUCCUGGAAAAGAAAGGCAACACGACGGUGAUUGGUGGAGAGGUUGUGAUUGGUAAGGAGGCUAGGGGAAAUGUCAAGUUCAAUAUGUUAGUCUCGUUUACCUACCGUUCAGACGAUCCUAGUCCGUCGGAGAGUAACGACAUGGGAAGUCCGUCGAAAGCGGGGUCUAAGGUUACGGAGACCAAGACUUUCGCAUUCUAUACGGUGGUGGAUUUGGGCGCUAUUAUUCCAAAGGAAGAAGCGAAGUAUAUUGAUGACAUAUUAUGAGCUUUAUCGCCUUGUUUCUUAGCCUACCCUUCACCUACAGUGAUAUACCCGUUUUAUGUCGCCAGCCUCUGA